GGGAUCCGGGCGGGAGAGGACCCGAGGAGGCGGGAUGAAGAAGUUCCUUGUGCUCGUGCUGUCUCUCUCCUUGCUGACUUUCUUCGCAGGGGCCUCCCCGAUCCUGACGGAAAAGCAAGCCAAACAGCUCCUGCGGUCCAGGCGCCAGGACAGGCCAAGCAAACCCGGGUUCCCCGACGAGCCCAUGCGGGAGUACAUGCACCACCUGCUCCGCCUGGAGCACCGGGCCGAGGAGCAGUUCCUGGAGCACUGGCUGAACCCUCACUGCAAGCCCCACUGUGACAGGAAUGUGGUCCACCCCGUGUAAGGGGCUCGGACCAGCCUCCGCGAGCCCUUUGAUCCUCAUCGACCUGGAUGGUGUGGACACCGGAGGGGGCGCCUUUCAUUUUUUUCAGCUGCGGAAAUGGAUGUCUUCAGACCUGGUGAACGGUGGCCGUGGCGAAGGUUGCCUUGGGGAUCGGUGGCAAAUGCAUGUGCUGCUUUAUUUCACUAAUCUGCAUAAUCACUGAAACCAACAGCUUGAAGUAUAGACCCCCUCCCCCAGGGCCUUCCUGCCAGGUUGGAAGGGUGGGCAGAAUGAGGAUCUCCCGGGGCGGAUGGAGCUGGGCCUCCAGAGCGUGGGACAGGCUGCCCGAGGACUUCGAGAAGUCCCGUGCAGCACAGUGAAGCAUCACCUGGGGCCUGGGGGUGUUUGGUCACUUACUUUUCCCCCCUUUUCUUUUCUGCUCUAAUAAACAUCAGUG